UCUUCCACUUCUAGCUGAAUUCCAGCAUUUGCUGCAGUUUCUCUCAAGCCCUUUGCAGGACCCAAACAACAGCGGCCAUUGCUCCCAGGAUGGUGAUCCGUGUGUAUAUUGCAUCUUCCUCUGGUUCAACGGCGAUUAAGAAGAAACAGCAAGAUGUGCUUGGUUUUUUAGAAGCUAACAAAAUAGGAUUUGAAGAAAAAGACAUUGCAGCCAAUGAAGAGAAUCGGAAGUGGAUGAGAGAAAAUGUACCUGAAAACAAUCGACCAGCCACAGGGUACCCGCUGCCACCUCAGAUUUUCAAUGAAAGCCAGUACCGUGGGGACUAUGAUGCUUUCUUUGAAGCUAGAGAAAAUAAUGCAGUGUAUGCGUUUUUGGGCUUGACAGCCCCACCUGGUUCAAAGGAAGCAGAAGCUCAGGCAAAGCAGCAAGCAUGAAUCUUAUGCACUCUGCCUUAAGCAUCUUGAAAAAGGAGUCUUUAUUGAUUUUAAAAUUAUCUUGGCUCUAAAAGAAAUGAGCCUAAUGUUGAGAUAAUAGAUUAGUUUUUCACAUGCAAACAAUCAAAAUAAAUACAUAAUUAAAAUAUGAAUACUAUGAUAGGAGAAUGGGAACUGCACAUAAAAUAUUUAGAUUUUAUGGAAUAGUAUCAUUAUCUUCCAAGGCAUUUUAUGUAUUUCAAUGAUUUUAGAAAGCAAAAUCCUGUCCAUUUUUUGGUAUUGUGAUUGACAGCUUAAAUGUAUCUGUAGUUCGAUGUGGAGGAAUUUAAAACACAGAGAGAAGGAAUCUGUCUCUUGUUCCCAAAUUGCCUCUUUAAUUUUAGUUAACAAAAAUAUGUACUCUUGGUGUGAUGUUAUUGUGAUUAAAAAGUAGUUGCAGGUAAAGUUUAUGAUAUAUUAGAUAUCAUAUUUUUGGUAAUUAUAACAUUCCCAUUAUUUUGUAAUUGAAAUUUCUUUAUACUAAACCAUAGGUUUUCUAGGCCUCUAAAUGUAGCCUUUCAUUGUAUAUUUCAGUGAUUAGACAAGUGAACUUUUACAAAAAAUAAAUGCAUUAAGUUGACAAGUUCCUUGUAUAACUGCACAGCUAUGAUGCAAUCAUAUUUCUAAGUUGCUUGCCCCAGUGAAAUAUGCAUAUAUAUGUUAUGAAUGUGGGAUAGAAUGUAAGUUUAAAACAGCAUACUUUGGCAAAGAACUCAGACUUUUAAUUAGCUAUUAUAAAAUAGUUCAGCACUCAGUGCCCAAGACUGGUUUUUGUAGGGUCUUUGCUAAAAAAAAAAUCUUAGCAAUUCCCCUUUUAAAACAACUUGUCAUCAUGAAUCACACUACUUCUCAGAUAUUUGAUAUAUUUAUUUCAGGUUAGGCACAUAUUGUGUGAAUUUGUUAAUCUAAGCAGAGAGAAUCUUUUCUGUGCUUCUAUUCCAGUGAAUAGCACAAGUAUCUAUAAAAGGGCCCAUUUAAAAAAAUGUUAAUUAUUAGAACUUCUAAGAAAACAAGAAACAUUAUGACUUAAAUUACCCAGAAGAUAUACAUAUUGUGCUUUAAUUCCACACUAUUUUAUUAUGUUAAAAAUCUUUUACUUUAAAUUACUUUAUCAUAUCAUCUGAUGUAUGCAAGUCUGUUCUUUUUGCCAAAAUCAACAUACAAUGAAGACAUAGCUUUGCUUACUGAGAUUCAAAUGUGAUGCAAUGUUUUAAAAUAAAGUCAGUCCUUUAGAAACAAAA